CCUUACACACACACAAGGCUGAGCAGCCUCUGGAUCUAGAUCGUCUCCUUUCCCCGGGCCCCGUUGCACAAAAAAACAAAACUUAACGGGACAACAAUGGCGCACGCCUCGGCGGAAGGAUCCGUGGGCGCCGGUCAUUUAAGGGACCGGGGAUCGUUCUCGAUGUGACGUUCGCCAGCACGCCGGUGUUGAGUUUAUUGUUCCGGUCCUAGACGCGGCUGCGCAGCGAUUCUCUGAGAAGAUGUUGAGCCGGUUCAUGAGCGGCAGCAUCAGGAAUCUUGAGCGGGAAUACAGCUGCACCGUCCGACUGCUGGAUGAUACGGAAUACACGUGCACCAUUCAGCGGGAUGCAAAGGGUCAGUAUCUGUUUGACCUCAUCUGCCAUCACCUCAACUUGCUGGAGAAAGACUACUUUGGUAUCAGAUAUGUGGAUCCAGACAAGCAGCGGCACUGGUUGGAGGUCACAAAGUCAAUUGCAAAGCAAAUGAAAUGUCAGCCUCCCUUCACCAUGUGUCUGAGGGUCAAGUUCUACCCGCCUGAACCCGCCUUUCUAAAGGAAGAAAUCACACGAUAUCUCGUCUUCCUGCAAAUCAAGAGAGACCUCUACCACGGUCGGCUCUUGUGUAAAACCUCUGACGCGGCCGUGCUGGCGGCACACAUCCUUCAAGCUGAGAUCGGAAAUUACGACCCUGGGAAGCAUUCUGAAGGUUACAGCUCCAAAUUCCAGUUCUUCCCGAAGCAUUCGGAGAAGCUGGAGCGUCAAAUCGCAGACAUACACAAGACAGAGCUUAUUGGACAGACACCUGAAACAUCAGAGCGCAAUUUCCUCCAGAAAGCCCAGAUGCUGGAGACAUAUGGUGUUGAUCCACAUCCAUGCAAGGAUGUGUCUGGGAACCCUGCUUUCCUCGCCUUCACACCAUUGGGUUUUGUGGUGCUUCAGGGAAACAAGAGGGUUCAUUUUCUCAAGUGGAACGAGUUGACCAAACUGAAGUUUGAAGGCAAGACGUUCCACAUUUAUGCAAAUCAGAAGGAGGACAAAAAGAUCAUCUUGACGUACUUUGCACCUACACCGGAGGCAUGUAAGCACCUUUGGAAGUGUGGAGUGGAGAAUCAAGCUUUCUACAAGCUUGAAAAGUCCAGUCAGGUUCGCAUGGUGUCCAGCAGCAACCUGUUCUUCAAGGGCAGCCGGUUCCGUUUCAGUGGACGAGUGGCAAAAGAGGUGAUGGAGCAGAGUGCCAAAAUCAAACGUGAACCUCCAGAAAUACACAGGGCUGGCCUUGUGCCCAGUAGAAGUUGUCCAUCCAUCACCCACGGGCCUCGCCUCACCAGCGUGCCGCGCACGCGCCGGAGAGCUGUGCACAUAUCUAUUAUGGAGGGCCUGGAGUCGUUGCGUGACAGCGCUCACUCGACGCCGGUGCGCUCGGUGUCCCACGGGGAGUGCUUCAUACCGCGCUCCCGCAGCCAGGCCGCGGACGCCGACGAGAGGAGCGCGGUGAUCUCGGACGAGGCCUACAGCCCGUCGGACAGCGUCCUGCCCACCCCGGUGGGCGAGCACGGCGCGGAGGUGUCCAGCUCGCGCCAGAGCAACGGGGCGCCCCGCAGCAUCGAGGAGGAGAAGGAGUCGGAGGCGGGCACCCCGUCGCGCGCGGAAGCCGGUGAUUUGGGGGCCGCGGAAGAGGCCGCGGGGGGCGACUCCGCCCUCGGCGAGGUGGAGCAGGUGAAUAAGUUCGUCUUGAGUGUCCUCCGUCUGCUCCUCGUGACCGUCGGGCUCCUCUUCGUCCUGCUCCUCCUCCUCAUCGUCCUCACGGAGUCCGACCUCGACGUGGCAUUUUUAAGUGAUAUCCGCCAGACCCCCGAAUUUGAGCAGUUCCAUUACGAAUACUUUUGUCCCCUCCGGCGGUGGUUUUCCUGCAAGCUCCGCUGGGCGGGCAGCUUGCUCAUUAACAAGGGGGAUUGAGGUCGCGGAGGUCGUAGAGGUCGUAGGGUUUGUCCCCCCCCCCCCCCCGCCCCCCGUUCGGCGGUCAGGACUCCGGAGUGAUGGAGGGAAGCUUCGUCCCAACAUGAACCCUGCUUCUCUCAUCGUCCUCCUGCAGACAUUCAGCUCGGACCCCCCAACCAACCAUCUCCUUGUCCCGUUUUUGUUUUCUACAAAGCCAGAGGACCUUUUGCAUUUUUUUUUAUUUCAACUCAUUUCAGGUAUUUUAUUUUUUCAAAUAACACAAAGGAAAAAAAAAAUCCAACUGAAAUCAAAGAACUGAAGGAGUUUAAACUGUUGAUUUCUAAACAACGUGUCAUGGUUGAUUAUUAUUAAUUGCUUUUAAACAUGUAGUGCAUAAUGAAAUGAGAACAGGAGAACGGAACAUAAGGAAGUUGAUUUGCCAUUAAAAUGAAGAUGGAAGUGAGUUGUGUUACAGUUGACAGGCUGCUUGCUGCUCAGUGUAUUUGUAGCAAAGUCAUUUAAUAUCUUUUGAUAUUGGUUCAUCCUCAUCAGGAGGUUAACUAGACGCUGCCCAAACGCAGAUUAACUCAACAGAAAUAAACAGCAGUUCGAAGGGAAAGUUCGUUAAACAGAGAGCAGGUGAUUACAGAACGGCAUUUUUUUGAGAAGAUGUUGAGGACUGGAUUCCGUGCAUUGUUUAAAGACACAAUUAGCUUCCGUACACCUGUUGUACAAAGUAAAUUCAUGAAGAACAAAGUUGUUUUACAAAAACAAAUAAACCAGUACCAUUAGUGUAACAGACGACAGUUAGGGAUUUCUAUGAAUAUUUAUAAAAAGCUAGAAUUUGUUGGUACCAAUAAUGUUAUUUUAGACAGAUGUGCAAUGCUCGUAUGGUUUAAAUGAUUAAGUUCUUUUCAGUUGUUCUGUUUACUCUAUAAACUUCAUUGCCUUUUUCAGCUUGUUGAAAUUCGAUGAAUUUCAAUUAUUUCUUUGUACGACGAGUUUAUGAUUCAUUUUGGUUUCAUAUCAACCUUGCUCUUAGGUAUAUGUAACACUCUAUGUUAUUAUUAUUAUUAUUAUUAGAAGAAAGAUUAAGAAUACUGAUGUACUUUUUGUACAAAUUAGUUUGUUUCCCAAUAUAUAUUGAUAAGUUUUCCAUGUAUAUUUUAACAGAACGAAAUGUUAUUUUGUUAUUGAAGAUUAAAUUAUACCUUUUUUAGAGCUGUGUUUCAAGUCAGGUCAGAAGCAUUUAUGGAAAUGCGGAAGUGGGGACUAAAAAAAAGGCUUUUUAUCCAGAUCCACUCAACAGUGAUCACAUCUCAUCACACCAGCAGCAGUGAAUCAGCCUUUGGUGUGCGUGCAAUUGUAAUGAUCAUAUUAAUGAACAUGUAUUUGUACAGUGGGAAAUCUGGUGAUGUCAUUAUACUAUCAAAAAUACCAAAUAGUCCCAAAGCACAUUUGAACCAUUCAUUAACAUUUACCCUCUCUUAUUUCCAAGACGUUUGGAGCAGUGACGUGGAGCAGUGACGUGGAGCCUGACUGAUGCGUGUUGUGAGUUAUGACCUAUCCUCACGCUGGAACUCAUUUUGAAGAGUAGGAAACAAAACUACAACUGAAAUGAUUACUUGAACAACUGAUAUACAUUAAUUGCCAGAUAUUUUGAUUGUCAAAUAAUUGUCAUAUUUCAAGGAAAGAUUUUCAGGUAAACCUUCUGGUUUACAUUUCUGUUCGUCAUUGUAAAUUGAAUAUCUUUGGGAUUGGGAAUGUUGGUCGGAUGUAAAAAGAAAACAAAUUGUGAUAUGUUGCCUAUGGUUUUGAGAAAAGUAGGAUUAGAAUGGUCACUUUUCACAAUUCAUCAACUGAACAAGUGAUCAGUCUAGAAAAUAAUUGGCAGAUUGAUAGGUAAUGAAAUGAACAAAACAUUUGGUCAGGAGUAAACCAAGAAUGAUUUUUUUUUUCUAAAUGAUGAAGUUACUUCCUUCUGUUGAUCAUCAGCCAACAUGAAAGGAGAUACAAAUAUUCCGGCAAUAAGUCGAUAUUGAAAAGUAUUAUCUGCCCUUAGAUUUGCCGAGUAGACUCUCCAGCCUCACACCACCAGGAAGCAAUAACUACCAAAGGAUUCUGGGUGAAAUCAUGUUUUUCUACAGCGCGACUGUCUGCAUGUAGAAAGUGGAGGCUGAAGGCGCUAGCUGUGAAGUAUUAGACCGAAAGACUUUAAAAAAAAAAACAACGCAAACAACAUUUUGCCAAAAGGCAUAAAGGAGGAAGCAAAAGAAGGAAAUACAGAAGCCUCGAGUGACAUCAAAUGACUUUUUUAGAGGUUUCUUGCUUCUUCACUUCUUUGUGUGUAUUUUCAUACUUCACAUUUAAUACUGCUUUACUGACAUAAAGGUCAACAUGACUCGUCCAGCCAGGCUGGUUCACAGGACAUCUUUUAAAGGUGUUCAUCGUACAUCUAUCAGCAUUAUGUAGCUCCAGUGGUCUCUCUGAACAUGCAACAAUAAAAAAAAAGGAAAAGGCAGCGUUAUUCAAUGAGCAAUAAUCUGUUGUAAGAGCAAAAAUUUACAAACUUCUGUAUGAAAAACCAGACUAAGUGAAAUAUGUUCUUUUUGUUUCUAGAAAACCACUUACAAAAUUCCUGUCUAGCGAUGACGUGCCAACUGAGACAAUUAGUCACUGUUGCAUUCAUUAAUGACAUUUUAUAAAAAUCUGAUUUUCCUCAGAGACCUCUCGUGUAGAUGUUUGUUCUGCUGUUUUCUUUGCCGUUUCAUUGUUAAGGGACAGGUUGUUCCUUAUGCCUGGGUCAUAACUCAAUUCACCCAAAAAACGGUUUUCAUCCAAUUGUAACAUUUUAUAAUGCACACUGAGGCUUAAUGUCUUUGAAGGUUUCCUACGACAACCCUGGCUCUACUUUUACAUUUCAGUUGCCGUAUUAUUUUAGGGAGAUUACUGCAGUCAGAUGUGUAACUUUUGAUGAAUGCGUGUGAUUGUCAUCCGUGGUUUACAAAUCAGAAACCGCUGGGUCGUCCCUGAAAAGCAGGUAACGGCAUGCAUAUACAACGUGGGUCACUGGAGGUUGAAGCAUCAAUUCUUGUCUUGGAAUUAAAUAUAUGUUGGGGGAGAAGGAAGAAGAGGCAAUAACAGAAAAUCACCAACUUUGUGAAACUUUAAAUCUUUUUAAGAAGGCAUGUUUGGGGUCAUUUCUGAGGUCGUUCUUUGUGGCGUUUUCUUACGGAACCUAUAAGGUGUUCAUGUUAUUUUGUCCACUCUAUGCUUGAACUCGUAUGUGAUACAAAAAAACCCCACUACAUAUUCAUGUUUUAAUGAUCAGAAUCAAGCCAUUUAUGCACAAUUAGCUACAUAAAUUUGAAUCCUGCCGAAACCCUGUCACAUUAAUUGGGAUGACGUAUCAUAAACUUAACUAGUCAUAACCAAAGAGAUCAUGAUCUGCUCCUUACUGCCCCCCCCCCCCCCCCCCCCAUCAGCAGACCCUCAACAACACGUAUGUGUGUGUGCAUAUCCAUGUCUGGUGGUGUGUUUUGUAGUCUGCAUCGUUAUCCUGGGAUUGCAGGUUGCUGUUUAAUUGCGUUAUACACACACACAAGUUAAUAUAUAUAUAAAUCCUUGUGCCAAAUCCAGUUCUUGUUCAGUCCCAUGUUUGUGCUGUAAGUAACCUUCUGUACAAGUCAGUAUAAAAUAAACAUUGAUUAAAAACACAA